AUUCUUUUUGUCGAGCAAUGCGCUACUUCUAGAGUGUCUUGAAAGUGUUUGCUUCUCUUCCUCGCCCUAUUCUUGAACCUAACUCCCUGUAAGAAGGACUUCGCCGCCAUGGCGUCAACCGACGAACUUCACGUGCAGAAUCUAUUUUCCAUGAAAGGAUAUGUUUGUUUAGUGACUGGCGGUGGCACUGGAAUUGGAUUAAUGGCGACGCAGGCUCUUGCGGCAAAUGGUUCGUUGGCGUUUGUCUCUGAAUUGUGAUGAUCCAAUGACUUGAUCCCACAUACUCAUUAAUUUGAUAUGCAGGAGCCAAAGUGUACAUCACAGGACGACGCAAGGAGGUACUGGAACGUGCUGCGAAAGAACACACGCCGAAAUCGAGUCAAGACCAACUCAACGGAGAAAUCAUCCCGAUUGGACCAUGCGACGUGACCAAGAAGUCUGACCUCGAGAAAUUAUGUUCCGAGAUCACUUCCAAGGAGAAGUAUCUGUCGCUGGUGGUUGCGGCCGCUGGAGUGUCUGGAGCCAAGGGCCACCCUGACACGGAGGACGCGGCCCAAAUGAAGGAGAAUCUCUGGCAGGAAAGUGUCGAGGACUGGAACUUGACCUUCAACACGGACGUGACGAGUGUCUUCUUCUCCACGGUGGCGUUUCUGCCCUUACUGCAAAAGGCACCUCGUUCACACAAUUCCUCAGUCAUCGUCAUCAGCAGCAUGUCCGGCAUCAUGCGCGAUUCACAAGCCCACUUUAGUUACAAUGCUGCAAAAGCCGCGACUGUCCAUUUGAGUCGUAUGAUGAGCAAGGAGUUUGCAAAGACUGGUGUUCGUGUCAACAGUAUCGCGCCAGGAUAUUUCCCUUCCGAGAUGACAAUGAAGGAGAGUGAUGAGAGAAAUAAGACCCACAUGCCGGAUGAGAAGGUUAAGGAUAAGGGUCACGAGGUGCCCGCAGGUAGAGCAGGCCAGGACGAGGAGAUGGCUAUGGGAGUAGUGUUUCUUGCACGAUGUGGCUAUGUCAAUGGCGAGGUGGUUAAAUUGGACGGUGGGGUAUUGAAUGAGGUGGGCGGUGGGUGAUGCAGAGAGAUCGCUUGAAUCAUCGAGAUAUGAAGAUGAUGGUUAGAUGUACUAGACAACAUGUAUUCUUUUCUGGUCAGUAAUGAGCCCAAAUGCCACGACUUCCAAC